GGAAUUCGGAAAAGUUGCGAGAGAGAGCUUUGUCGGCAAGGGGAGCCGCGCGACCAGCCCCUCAAGACUGGUGAUCGCCAAUUGGCCGUCCCCCACGACGCAGCAGCACCCAAUGUUUGCACGAAGCCAAGGCCGGGCUUUGGCCCGCGCCGUCGACGCCACGGCGACCGCCAGCCCCCCGGCCGUCUCAUUACCCAGCUUCCUGGUGCCGGCCCUGCACGCCCCCGCGAGGCACUUCUCCGCCUCGGCGGGCAGGCCGUCCAAGCUCGGCCGGACCCCGAUAUCGAUCCCGCCCGGCGUCGAGGUCGCCGUCAGCGAGCCGUGGCUCAAGAAGGACGCGACCACAUACCUGAAGAUCAUGAAGAGGACAGUCACGGUCCAGGGGCCACUAGGCAAGCUCAACCUCGACGUCCCCUCCUUCGUGCGCUUCGACCACGACGCCGAGGCCCGCAAGACGACGCUGAGCGUCGAGGACCAGGACGACAGGAACCAGCGCGAGAUGUGGGGCACGACGUGGGCGUACAUCCAGCGGCACAUAAUAGGCGUGUCCGAGGGCCACACGGCCGUGCUGCGCCUGGUGGGCAUCGGCUACAGGGCCACAGUCGAGGACCGGCCCGACAAGCAGGAGUACCCGGGCCAGAAGUUCGUCUGCCUCAAGCUCGGCUUCUCGCACCCGGUCGAGCUGGGCCUCCCGCUCGGCAUGAAGGCCUCGACCCCGCAGCCCACCCGUAUCCUGCUCGAGGGCAUCGACCGAGAGGAGGUCAUGUCCUUUGCCGCCCAGUGCCGCAAGUGGCGUGUGCCCGAGCCGUACAAGGGCAAGGGCAUCUUUGUCAACAACGAAACCAUCAAGCUGAAGCAGAAAAAGGUAAAAUAAACAGGACGUGGGCAUCAGGGUCCCUUUUCGUCCAUUCGGACGCCAUCUAUGGAGCAUAUGGUUGCUCUUUGUAUAAUCAUCAUGUGCAUGCUGCGCCAAGCACGAGCUAUGCCAGGAGUGCAUUGUUAUAUAUGUCUACAUGCUUGUGUUUUCCGGCAAGGAGAUGGAAUGGCCCGGGCCUGAAUCUCUUGUGACUACACACGCCCACCAUAAAAAAAACGGCAAUGUUACACACUAGGUCCGAGGAUCAAGUAAAAUUACUAGUGCCGUAAGCUGUCCUGUUCUUAUAUCUUUUUCCUGUAAUCAUUCUUAGUCCUAUUCCCGUUUUUAUUCGUACUUUUAUUUAUAUUUUCUUUCUAUUUCAUCUUUCGUUCAGGACCUCUUCCUGUUCACAUCCCUUAAUGGAAUUGCCGGUUUUUUUUU